GAUUCCAGAAGAUUUUGAUAGGCAAGAAAUCUGGCCUUUGGGUGUGCGUACCCCAGGUUUGGGAUCGCGGGGAUUGGAAUUCAAAUUUGAGCUGUGGGAUCAGUUCCCACUUGAAAUUGAAGAUAAACAGUCCAGGAAAUUGACGAUGCCGAGACCGGUUUUGUGCAAACGGGAUGCUGGCCAAGAGCAAGAGAUCCAAUUGUGGAUUGAGGCCAUAUUGGGCGAGAAAUUCCCACCCAAUAUGCCUUUUGAGGAUGUCUUGAAGGACGGGGUGGUUUUAUGCCGCGUGAUGAACAAAUUGGCGCCCGGCAGUGUGGCCAAAAUCAACGAAACAGGGCCCAGCUUCAAGAUGAUGGAAAAUGUGAACAAGUUUCAGGAUGCCUUGGUCAAGUACGGCGUGGACAAGAAGGACAUUUUUCAAACGAAUGAUUUGUCGGAGAAGAAGGAUAUCUCUAAUGUGGCCAAUACCAUGUUCGCGCUUGGCCGAGCAAUUGUCCAUAAACAUCCAGAGUGGACGGGACCCACCCUGAACGUGGAAUGAACAUCUGGCUAGUGGCUAAUCCGGCAAUACAAUCCUUGGAAACCGUUUCGAUACGAUGCGAAAAUAUAUGAUGACUUCUAUGUAA